UGUGUUAUAGCUAGUUCCGGUGUUGACAGAGAAGAGCUGAAGGGAGGUGGGGAUGGAGAGAGCAGUGGGGCAGGCAGAGGGGUGACUGGGGCUCUGGAAAUGAGGAGGCCGGAGUCUGUCCUUGUCAGGAGCCUGCUCCACCCUGCAGCUGGACUUCUUCCCAGUCCCUGUCCUCCCCUGGGGCAAGGGAGGUCAAACAAGCUGUCUGGGUGGGAAAAGAGAAUGGAGGAAGUUGACAGAGAUGGGCGGGGCCCAUGGGGGGGCUGACCAGGAACCUAGCUUCCUGCUCAGUACCCAGGCAUCCAACCCCCAGCUCACCCCCACCCCUUCCAGCCCCCAUUCCCCUCAGGAACCCAGGGUUCCAGUCCUCCUCCCAAAUUCCAGUCAUCCCUCCCCCAUCAGUGUCUCUCUCCAAGUCCAGGGAUGGAGACUGAAAGACCCCAGGAAGAAGAGGAUGGUGAACAGGGUCCCCCGCAAGAUGAUCAGGGCUGGCCCCCUGUGAACACCACUCGGCCUUGGCGAUCUGCUCCUCCCUCCCCUCCUCCUCCAGGAACCCGCCACACAGCCCUGGGGCCCCGUUCCGGCUCCCUGCUCUCCCUGCAGACCGAGCUCCUUCUGGACCUGGUGGCUGAGGCCCAGUCCCGCCGCCUAGAGGAACAGAGGGCCACCUUUCAUCCCCCAACAGCCCCCCCUAGCCUAGCCCCAACCCCACCUCGGCUUCUUGAGGACAAAGAACAGCUCUACAGCACCAUCCUUAGUCACCAGUGCCAGCGGAUGGAAACCCAGCGGUCAGAGCCGCCCCUUCCCCCCGGGGGACAGGAACUCCUGGAGUUGCUGCUCAAAGUUCAGGGUGGAGGUCGAAUGGAGGAGCAAAGAUCUCGGCCCCCUACACACACCUGCUGAGACCUGAGCUCCCCAACACUCGCUUCUCGCUGGGACUCAAAGCUGGGCCACCCCACAUGUCCGUUCCGCUGGGGUACCAGAGACUGAAGACCCGGCUGAUAUUGCAGUAUUUACCACCCACUUUCCCAGGGAACUGGACUUGGGACAAGUACUCUAACCUUGAGAAUAAGCAAGGUAGGGUGGACGUAACUCCUUAAGACAGUCUCUAUCCUGAGCUGUCAAGCUACUAAACAGGGUGUGAGGGCUGAGGCCUGCCCCUUCCUGCCUAGUAAGGAGGAAAAAAAGGAAAGAUUAAGACAAUCGCCCAGCACUAGCACCCCCAAGGCCCAAGGCGGAGGGGACCAGAGGCUGCGAAGCGAACCUCAGCCCCGCCCACCCCCCUGCUGCUGAGUCUGUCUGAUGUUUUGGUUGUACGAAUAAAUAUAAUCCCCGUCUGGA